AGUUCAAACUUUUGGUUAUGAAGAUCUGGGGCUGUUUUGUUUCGUUCUGAGGGCCUGGAGUCAAACACAAGGCGGUCCUGAUGUCUUCCCUCAGUAGGGAGCUUGUGUUCUUGAUUUUACAGUUCCUCGAUGAGGAGAAAUUCAAGGAAACUGUUCACAAGCUUGAACAGGAGUCGGGGUUCUUCUUCAAUAUGAAGUACUUCGAGGAUGAGGUGCAUAAUGGAAAUUGGGACGAAGUCGAGAGAUAUCUCUCAGGCUUCACCAAAGUGGACGAUAACCGGUAUUCCAUGAAGAUAUUUUUCGAAAUUAGGAAGCAGAAGUAUCUUGAGGCGCUGGAUAAGCAUGACCGUGCCAAAGCUGUAGACAUCCUUGUAAAGGAUCUGAAGGUUUUUGCCUCAUUUAAUGAAGAGUUGUUCAAGGAAAUCACACAGCUCUUGACAUUAGAGAACUUCAGGGAAAAUGAACAACUUUCCAAAUAUGGAGAUACAAAGUCUGCCAGAACAAUCAUGCUAGUUGAGCUCAAGAAGCUAAUUGAAGCCAAUCCCCUAUUUCGUGACAAAUUGCAGUUUCCUACCCUUAAAAACUCAAGGUUACGGACACUCAUUAAUCAAAGCUUGAAUUGGCAGCAUCAGCUUUGUAAAAAUCCAAGGCCGAAUCCUGAUAUAAAGACCCUUUUUGUUGAUCAUACUUGUGGGCAACCGAAUGGUGCUCGUGCCCCAUCGCCAGCAAACAAUCCAAUCCUGGGAUCCAUACAAAAAGCAGGAGGUUUUCCUCCAAUUGGUGCACAUGGGCCUUUCCAACCUACACCAGCACCAGUUCCAGCGCCCCUUGCUGGUUGGAUGUCGAAUCCAUCUACUAUAACUCAUCCAGCAGUUUCUGGUGGACCCAUUGGUCUUGGUGCUCCUGCAAAUCCAGGUACUGCAAUUUUGAAGCAUCCUCGGACUCCGCCAACUAACAACUCCUCUGUUGAUUACCCAUCUGGGGAUUCAGAUCAUGCGUCCAAAAGAACAAGGCCAAUUAGUAUUUCGGAUGAGGUAAAUCUGCCUGUUAAUAUAUUGCCAGUAAGUUAUCCUGGUCAGAGUCACAGUCAACCUUUCAACACUCCUGAUGAUUUGCCGAAGACCGUUGUGCGAUCCCUGAUGCAGGGAUCAUCUCCCAUGAGCAUGGAUUUUCACCCUAUCCAACAGACUAUACUUCUAGUUGGUACCAAUGUGGGAGACAUAGGACUGUGGGAAGUUGGGUCUAGGGAGAGAAUAGUUCUGAAAAAUUUCAAGGUUUGGGAUCUCGGAGCAUGUUCGAUGCCUUUUCAAGCGGCUUUAGUUAAAGAUCCUGGUGUAUCAGUUAACCGUGUGAUAUGGAGUCCUGAUGGUUCUUUAUUUGGAGUUGCAUACUCGAGGCACAUUGUGCAGAUAUAUGCUUACCAUGGCAGUGAUGAUGUACGGCAGCACUUGGAGAUUGAUGCUCAUGUUGGUGGUGUAAAUGAUCUUGCAUUUUCUCACCCCAAUAAACAACUAUGCGUCAUAACCUGUGGUGAUGACAAGACAAUUAAGGUGUGGGAUGCAGCUUCUGGUGCCAAACAAUAUACUUUUGAAGGUCAUGAAGCUCCUGUUUAUUCUGUCUGCCCUCAUUAUAAGGAAAACAUCCAGUUUAUCUUUUCAACAGCACUGGAUGGAAAGAUAAAAGCAUGGUUAUAUGACAAUUUGGGAUCGAGGGUUGAUUAUGAUGCUCCAGGUCACUGGUGCACAACGAUGGCAUAUAGUGCCGAUGGGACGAGGCUCUUCUCAUGUGGGACCAGUAAAGAUGGAGAAUCAUAUAUAGUUGAAUGGAAUGAAAGUGAAGGGGCUGUAAAGAGGACUUAUCAUGGAUUCCGGAAACGUUCUUUGGGUGUGGUGCAGUUUGAUACCACAAGGAACCGGUAUUUGGCCGCUGGAGACGAAUUUGCAGUCAAAUUUUGGGACAUGGAUAAUGUUAACCUUUUAACAACUAUUGAUGCUGAUGGAGGCCUACCAGCAAGCCCACGUAUCCGCUUCAAUAAGGAGGGUACCUUAUUGGCUGUUUCUGCAAAUGACAAUGGAAUUAAAAUCUUAGCCAAUACUGAAGGCCUUCGGUUGCUCCGCUCAUUUGACAGUCGUUCUUUUGAUGCCUCAAGAGUUGUCUCUGAAAAUGUUACAAAGGCUACAAUAAGCCCACUUACAACUGUUGCAACCGCAACUAGUGCUGGAAUAGCAGACAGAGGAGCUCCUGUGGUGUCCCUAGCUGGAAUGAAUGGGGAUGCACGGAAUUUGGCAGAUGUAAAGCCUAGAUUAACUGAAGAAGCCAACGACAAAUCAAAGAUUUGGAAACUCACGGAAAUUAAUGAACCAGUUCAGUGUCGAGCUCUGAGACUUCCUGAUAACCUCAGAACAAAUAAGAUAUCAAGGUUGAUUUAUACAAAUUCAGGAACUGCUAUUUUGGCAUUAGCAUCAAAUGCUAUUCACCUACUUUGGAAAUGGCAGCGUAGCGAACGUAAUUCAGGCGGCAAGGCCACAGCCAGUGUUCCUCCUCAAUUAUGGCAACCAGCAAGUGGCAUACUAAUGACUAAUGACAUAACCGACACCAAUCCUGAAGAUUCUGUUCCUUGCUUUGCUUUGUCCAAGAACGAUUCAUAUGUUAUGUCGGCAUCAGGAGGAAAGAUAUCCUUGUUCAACAUGAUGACAUUUAAGACAAUGACGACUUUUAUGCCUCCACCACCUGCUGCAACUUUUCUUGCUUUCCACCCUCAAGAUAAUAAUAUAAUUGCUAUUGGCAUGGAUGACUCCACAAUCCAGAUAUAUAAUGUCCGUGUAGAUGAGGUUAAAAGCAAGCUGAAAGGCCACUCCAAAAGAAUCACUGGACUCGCCUUUUCCCAUAUAUUGAAUGUGCUAGUUUCAUCUGGUGCAGAUGCACAGAUUUGUGUCUGGAAUUCCGAAGGGUGGGAAAAGCAAAAGAACAGAUUCUUGCAGCUUCCUGCAGGGAGGGCACCAACAGCUCUAUCAGACACACGUGUACAGUUCCACCAGGAUCAAGUACACUUCUUGGUCGUGCAUGAAACUCAGCUUGCAAUAUUUGAAACAACGAAAUUAGAAUGUGUCAAGCAGUGGGUCCCACGAGAAUCUUCUGCACCCAUAUCCCAUGCAACAUUCUCCUGUGACAGCCAGCUGGUGUAUGCCAGCUUUCUGGAUGCAACUGUUUGCAUAUUUAGUGCAGCACAUCUUAGAUUACGAUGCCGGAUUAAUUCAACUGCGUACCUUCCACCCAAUGUGAGCUCCAACGUACACCCACUCGUGAUUGCUGCCCAUCCAUUAGAGGCAAACCAGUUUGCGUUGGGAUUGACAGACGGUGGAGUCUAUGUUUUUGAGCCUUUGGAAUCUGAAGGGAAAUGGGGUUUACCACCACCUGUUGAGAAUGGGUCAACAAGCAACAUGCCCACAGCAGCCGCAGUUGGAGCUUCUGGUUCAGAACAACAGCAGAGGUGAUGGAUCUAUGAAAGCAUGAGUUCUCUUUCUUCUUCUGUGCUCUGCUCGACUGACUCUAGGUCCUUUUGACAAACUGCAUUUUGGGGUUGCAGGUUCGAGGUUCAGGUCAUAUAAUUUACUCUGGAAUGGACAUGUAGUUAGACUGAGCAUAUAGGACAAGUUUUUACUUUAGUUUUAUGGUAGUUGAUAAUGGUGGAUCGAUCUCUUAAUUUUAUCAGGAAAUUUAUUUUCUGUCCAUUUUAAUUUCUUAUUUGUUUUCAGCAUUUACUUCGUUUGAUGUAAAGAAAUUGCGACGUAGAUUGUAAUUUUUUGUAGAUUCAGUGAAGUUUACUCUUGGGGCUGCCUUUUGUCC